GCAAACCUCUUCACCUUCUACAUGAUCUGCUUCCGUAAAUGUGGAAUGUCUGACACAGCCGUGGUGUAUCUCGGCUGUCUCGCUAUUGUGGACACCUUCUACCUGGUGUGGGUGAUCCUCAUCGACCUGACUCUCACCUUCUGGCUGCUGCAGCCCUUCUGGCACUCCUACCCUUGGUGUAGCAUCCUGAGCUUCCUGCAGUAUGGCUCCCUCUACAGUUCAUCGUGGAUUGUGGUGGUGUUCACCAUCGAGCGCUAUCUGGUUCUUCGAAACACAGCGGCCAAGCAGGACUUUUCACAGACAAAGGUCACAAAGCUGACCUGCGUGGCCAUCGUGGUGGUGUCUCACUUGGUUUCGGUGCCGCUAGGCUGGAUCAAUGUUGUUGUACCCACCAAUAUUACGGUGGAUGGAGAAAACGUGACUCUUCCUCGAUGUCAAUACCGAAAUGAGAUCUACUCCACUGCCAUUGUAUGGAUAACCACAUUUCUCUCGGGAGGUGUUCCCAUAGUGCUGGUUAUUAUCUUUAAUUACCUCAUUGGGCAUCAUCUAUGCCGUGCCAGCAAUCUUUUCACAAAAGAGGAGCGUCGGGUCAUACAUGGACGCAGCACAAGGGGUAUGUUGAGAAGAACCCUUCUCCUGCUGGGAACUGUCUCUGUGGCUUUUGUGGUGCUCAGCCUGCCUCGUUUUGUAACAUACUGCAUCCUGAGGACCGAGUACAACACGGAGAACUUUAACAGAAACGACUACAGAAUCCCCAUCAAUGUCGCCGGUGAUUUUGCUAACAUGCUCCAGAAUCUGAACUCCACCACUAACUUCUUGCUCUACUGCAUGGUCAGCGGUCGCUUCCGACAGGAGCUGCUUCGGGUGGUGACUUGUAAAGUCGUGACUGGGGAGGCUUCCUCCUUCUUCACACACACCGUGAAAAUCUUCUCGCUGUCAGAACAUAAGGUCACGUCAACUCACAACCGUGAUGUUUACCUGCCUCAGAUGAGCAAACUCGAGGAAACAGAAAUGUACGACACCUGAGAUAUUGAGGCAAAACAUGUCCCAAGAAAGUCUAAUUUAUAUUAAAAGUUAUAUUAUUGGAAGGUUGCUUCAGCAUGAUGGUGUUCUUCUUAGCCAGGAACUGUCAGGUGUGUUGUCAUGGUGACGCAACAUGUCCUGACACACUUCUCAACUCUUUAUGGUUGUAAUAAGAAUAACCUUAAACAUAAAAUUAAUAAACUACUUCUUACUUCAUUAUGUCA